AUGGCUAUGGCAGCAACUGUUAAAGUAGUUCUUGGUUCAAUUGCCUUUGCUGUAUUUUGGGUAUUGGCUGUUUUCCCUGCUGUACCUUUCAUGCCUAUUGGAAGAACUGCAGGUUCUCUCCUUGGAGCUAUGCUUAUGGUCAUUUUUCGAGUCAUAACUCCGGAUCAAGCAUAUGCUGCUAUUGAUCUUCCAAUCUUAGGUCUUCUCUUUGGAACUAUGGUUGUUAGUGUUUAUCUAGAAAGAGCAGAUAUGUUUAAAUACUUAGGUAAAUUGCUGGCAUGGAAGAGUCAGGGAGCUAAGGAUUUGCUCUGUCGAAUCUGCUUGAUCUCAGCUGUUUCGAGUGCCUUUUUUACCAAUGAUACGUCUUGCGUUGUAUUAACUGAGUUUGUAUUGAAAAUAGCUAGGCAACAGAAUCUACCACCACAUCCUUUCCUGUUAGCUCUUGCUUCGAGUGCGAAUAUUGGAUCUUCAGUAACUCCGAUUGGGAAUCCACAGAACUUAGUUAUAGCAGUACAAAGCAAGAUAUCUUUUGGGAAGUUUUUAUUUGGUAUUUUUCCUGCAAUGCUUGUUGGCGUAGUUGUUAAUGCUCUGCUUCUGCUUUGUAUGUAUUGGAAGUUGUUGUCUGUACAGAAGGAUGUAGAGGAUGCUGCUGCGGAACUAGUUCCUGAAGAGGAAGUAGUUUCUCAUCGGUUUUCUCCAGCCACAUUGUCACAUCUUAGUUCCUUGAAUUCUCAAGAAUUAAAUCAUACCUUAGAUUCAAUAGCUAUUGGCACUUCUCCUAGAGUUAAUGGUCACACAAAUCAUGCUGAGACGCUUAGAAAUCGUGUCAUUGUUGGAGAAAGUGAAAUACAAAAGGCAUUUGAUUCGUCUAGGAAUUCAAAUGCCUCAAAAGAAGGAACAAAUGAUGGAUCACUACUGAAAAGAGAGGAGAAUGUGUCUUCAAAAAGAGUUUCAUCUGUUGAUGAAUAUGAAGAUGAAAACUUCACAGCUUAUGACGAAAUGUGGUACUUUCCAAAAGUAUGGAAAAAUAAGUUGUGGAAAAUAUGUGUUUAUCUUGUUACCAUUGGUAUGCUAAUAGCUUUGCUAAUGGGUCUGAACAUGUCUUGGACUGCUAUAACUGCAGCACUUGCGCUCGUGGUUCUUGAUUUCAAAGAUGCCAGGCCUAGCUUAGAAAAGGUUUCGUAUUCACUUUUGAUAUUCUUCUGUGGUAUGUUUAUCACGGUUGACGGCUUUAACAAAACUGGGAUUCCAAGUGCUCUUUGGGAUUUUAUGGAGCCAUAUUCCAAGAUAGAUCAUGCUGCAGGCUUAGCAGUUCUUGCACUGGUCAUACUGGUCCUGUCAAAUGUGGCUUCAAAUGUGCCUACUGUAUUGCUGCUCGGAGGACGAGUUGCUGCAUCAGCAGCUGCAAUAUCUCCUGAGAGUGAGCAGAAAGCAUGGCUCAUCUUAGCAUGGGUCAGCACCGUGGCAGGGAACCUUUCACUCUUAGGCUCAGCAGCAAACUUAAUAGUGUGUGAACAGGCUCGUCGGGCUCAACACUUUGGCUACAAUCUCUCCUUCUGGAGUCAUCUCAAAUUUGGAGUUCCGUCUACGCUUAUUGUUACAGCCAUUGGUUUGAUGCUCAUUCGAGGAUGACACAUUUUUCAGUCGCGUUACUGUGUUUUUGAAGCUUCAAAUAGACAACUAUCAUUCUUGUGCAAGUGUUAGGGACAGUCUGGUACAUUAAGUUCCCGCUAUGUAUGGGGUCUGGAGAAGGGCUAGACCACAAGGGUCUUUUGUACGUAGUCUUAUCAUGCAUUUGUUGUUUCCACAGGUUGAAUUUUUGAUCUCUUGGUCACAUGACAACAACUUUACCAAUUCUCUUCAAUCAUGCAGAUCUCAUAAAUCCAACAUCUCUCUCUAUAUAUGUAUUAUUUUACUGUAAUCCAACAUGUUAAGGGUUCAUAAUAUUAAAGCUGACAGGUUAUUCUU